AUGCCGUCUGCCAUUCUCAAAGAAUUCAAACCCGAUGGGCCACGACGUGUGCCUCUGGCGGAAGAAGAUGUCAGGAAGGGGUCCUACUCGGCUCCAGCCCUGCAGAUGGCCCUUGAAGGCCUACAUCAGGACGGCAUGGUCGUGCUCAAGGGCGUAGUGAAUCCAAAGCACUGCGACAUCCUGCACAAGCAUAUGAGCGGUGACAGGGACCGGAUUUUGAGAGAGAGACAUGCCGGGGCUAAAGUUUACAACCAGGGGGUGAAAUCGAAUAUAUUACAGGCACCUCCAUUCACGAAGCCAGAGCUGUUGUUUGAAGAUGUCCAUUUCAACCCAUAUCUCGGGGCCAACCCUAAAUGGAUCAUGUCCACGGGCAACAACGCCCUCGCCGGUACAGGUGGCCUUCGCCAGCCCGUCCACAAGGACACGCGCUUCCGCCACCCGAAAUGUCCAUUCGUCAUCGUGGCCAAUACAGCCCUCAACGACUUCACACUCGAAAACGGCGCGACCGAGUUCUGGCUCGGCUCACACGCCUUCACCGACGAGCGCGAUCAGACCGUCGCCACGCCGGAGACAGUCUUUGGGAAACAAAGGAUCGGCACGCCGUCGUGUCCGGUGCUCGAGGAGGCCAUUGAGGCACGACGAGCCGUGAGGCCGCCUGUGCGGGCCACCAUGGAUAAGGGGGAUGUGAUGUUGAGAGAUUUCCGAACGUGGCAUGCCGGAAUGCCCAACGCGACGGAACAGGAUAGGAUCAUGAUCGCGCAGAUUUGGAUGGCACCGUGGUACCCGAACUUCAUUACCCGCCUCAACCUCCCCCUCUCCCAGUCCGAGUGGUUCCAGAGCCGGGCCAACAAACUCCCCAUGGAGAUCAUGGCCAACUAUAUCGCCGACGACGCCGUCGAGUUCGACCAGCACCGCGACAACUUCUCCAUGGAGCCGAGUCACUACCUCGAUUACUACGACACGGCGCCGCAGAAUUAUAGAUAUGAUUGA